AUGAGUUCACUUACUGGUCUUCGGUUUCUUAGACCCUACCUCUAUCAUGAUAUUCUUCCGGUAAAACCAGCUGCAUAUGCACGACUCUUUUCCACACAUUACUCUUUACGCAGUGAGAGGUCGAAGAGGCCCUACUGCGAGACAGAUGAGAGCAUCAAGAUUCCUAGAGUAGAGUUGAAGGAAGGUUUAGAUCCCACCGAAACUAGGAUAAAAAAACUUCAGUUAGCUGGCGCUCUUCAAUAUCCUAGAAUCAAAAGGUUGGUAAAUCGCAUCGGUGUGAAAAGUUGUCUUGAGAAUGUGCGGAAAUGUUACCAGGUGUGGAUAGUGAUGAAGCCAUUGCUCUUACGUUGCAUGGUUAGAAUUGGAAGUAUACGAAAGCUUGGCUCUAAGCUUGUCUUUAUGAAUAUAAUAGAAGAUGGUUAUUCAAUUCAAUUAGAAGCUGAAUCUGGGAUGAUUCUCAAAAACCAAGAUGUCAAUGUGCAAUCACUGAUUUCCUUCGAAAACUUAACCUACCUGAUGCAACCUGCAACUGGUUACCCGAUUCGAAAAGAAAAUGGAUUUUCCACUCUCAGAUUGAUCGAAAUACCUAGAGUAUUGACUCCAAGUCUGGCACCAGUACCCGCAAAAAGUUGGAGAUCCAGAAAGUCUUAUUCGCAAUCGACAUUUGAUCUUCUUGUCAACAAUGAUGUUGCUGCUAUUUACGACUUCGGUCCAAAAUCAACACACAAUAUCCGUGAUUUCCUAGUCCAAGAUAUUUUUCUCGAAUUUCAAACACCAAUUCUUGCCGAAAAGGCUUCAGGUGCCAUGGCUCAACCAUUCAAAACGAAUGCAACGGAGUUCCCCGAAAAACAGUUGACUCUGAGAAUAGCUCCUGAGUUAUGGUUGAAACGUUUGGUUAUUGGUGGUUUAGAUCGAGUUUUCGAGAUUGGUCCUGCAUUCAGAAAUGAAGGUCUUGAUGCGAUACAUAACCCGGAAUUCACAACUUGUGAAUUUUACAAAGCAUAUGCCGACCUCGAGGAUCUUAUUUCCAUGACUGAGAAGUUAAUUUCAGGCCUUGUAAGGCUUGUCAAUGGGUUGCGUGAUGAUCCUCAACAAGUCAAAUACAUGCCUUUCGCAAAUCUUCCACCCUUCGAAGAGGAUCUAUACACAAAACCCUUUAAACGAAUCGAAUUCAUACCCGCAGUCGAAGCUGCACUUGGGGAAAAGCUACCAGAUCUCCAGAAAAAUGACGCCAUAAACGACCUUCUCGAACUCUUUACAAAGCAUAGUCUCGAAGUCCCCGAAAACCCAACCCUUCCUCGUCUCCUAGAUAAACUUGCAUCCCUCUACAUCGAGCCCCAUUGCUCAGAACCAACAUUUAUCAUGCACCAUCCUUCCUCCAUGGCACCCCUUUCCAAAUCAUUCCUCGAUCCCAAAACCAACCAGCUUGUCUCCGCGCGCGUGGAACUAUUCAUUCAGCAUCAAGAGAUAGCGAAUAUGUACGAGGAGGAAAAUUCACCAUUCGAACAAAGAUAUAAGUUCAGAGAGCAGUUGAAGUUUAAAGAUAUAGAGAAUCCGAUGGAUAAAGUGGAUGAAGGAUAUAUCCAAGCGUUGGAGGUCGGAUUACCACCUACUGGUGGAUGGGGAUGCGGAGUAGAUAGAUUGGUUAUGUGGUUGAGUGGUUCGAAGAGAAUCAGUGAUGUUUUGCCGUUUGGCAAUUUGAGGAAUGUGGUUAAUUUGGGAGCAGUGGGCAAGAGGGAGGUAUAG